UUUAUUUAGUUAUUUGAAAAAUUUUCUUUAGAAAUUAUGUAUUUUAUUUGAUUAAAAAUUUUCAUGCUUUAUAUCGACUAUUUCAUUUACUUUAUGUUAUAUAAAAUUCAUCAUUAUAUAAAAAGAAGUUAAAAUUAUUUUCUUUAUUUCUUCAAAAACUUCAUAUAACUUCAUAUUCAUGAUAAAACUGAUUUUAUCUCAAUAUAAUUGAUAUGUAUGAACCACAUGAAAUUGUAUUUAAAAGUAUAUAAAAACACAUCGAUACAUUCAAUGAAAUGAAUUAAUUCAUGAGUCGAAAGUGUAAAUCGAUGGAAUAUGCGUUCGACCUGCACUAAAACGUAAAGAUACGUUUGCGUGACGAGAUAAGUUCGUUUUGAUGCGACGAUGAUUCGCUAUAGAAUUGAUAAGGAUAUGUUAAAAAAGUGCGAGAUAAUCAAUGAAUGUGCGUGAUAUGACGCUAUGCAAAAUAUAUUCCUUAUUGUGACUUGUAAAUUGAUUGCGAUAUAUAUGAUAAUAGCAGCAGAUAACGCUUGUGCAACUAUCGAUAAAAUUGAUAAUCAUUCUAUUUAUUAUAACAAUAGCACUAAAAUGGAUAAUAUUUCUGUAAGUACACUUCUGUGUCGAAAAAUCCAAAAAAAGCAUUGCCAUAAAUAUUUAAUAGUAAACCAUUUUUGGUAACGUCGACAACUAUUAAUGUCAAAGAUCAUAACCAAUUGGCAAUUGCGAUUAAUGUUAAUCAUGACCGAAUUGUUACUAUCAUUAAGUAAUGUUGUGUAUUAUAGAAUGUUAAUUUUUAUACUACGGAAACAGUGAAAGUAUUGCAAGAAAUAAUUUUAACAAAUAACAAACAAGGAGACAUAUAUGAAGCCGAAUGCACUGAUUUGUCGGCGAUCCUUAAACAAUGGCGGAGAAAAACAAUAUUAAAGAAUAACAGUAAUACAGUGGAAGAAAAUUUCAAUCGGACGUCUAAAAAAGAUUUAGGUUUAGUAAAUAUCGAAGAGGCACGGUACAAAUCGAAGUCUGUUCCUAUGAGGAAUCAUGAAGUCAGUUAUCCUUAUCCUUUCACAGAUUAUAUUCAUCCACGCUUUUGCGCCGAUUUUUCAUCUAUAAGUACUUAUAGCAAGCCGCAUCAUCGAUUAGUCAGAAAUCUGAAAUCAAUUACAAUUAAUUAUGAAUCGCAUUUAAGGCACGCUCAUGAGAAAUUGAAAAGAUCAACUAAAUCAGAAAACAUGUUCUUUCGUACCAAGAGAAAAAAGAUGAAUCAAAGUUUUUCAAUUGAUAAAAAAGUUAAAUUAGAAAAUCAAUGGAAUAAAACAUUUUUAUUGCCAAAGUUGGUGGAAGCAUCACAGAUACAAAACGCCAAUGAAACUACGUCCUCAUUCACAAGUCAAACAUUAGCUCUGCAUCAUAUAUUGAAAUUAAGUUUAAUUCCAAAAAAAACAACUGGUUUCGUAAAAAAAAGGAGAAAAAGAAAUACUAGAAUCAAAAGAGAUAUAGAUGAAAUAACACCAGAUUAUUUUAAGAAAGAACUUACUGCAUAUCAACAAGUGAUACAAAUAGUAACAGAACCACAUAUUGAAUCACAGUUAACAUAUAAUACUGAACAUCAAAAUGAAAUAGAUAUAUUACAGACAACAUUGAGUUGGCAAGAUGAACAAAUAGAUAUUGCAACACCUACAACAACUGUAGAAACAUAUAGAUUCCGUACACCAGAAAGAAUGCAUAUAAAAAUACCAAUACCACUCUGGACUGAGACAGAAACUACAAUCGAAACUACAAUGACGACGGUAUUCACUACAUCAACGACAGAACCUACUACAAUAAAAGAAACAACAAUACCAACAACAACAUCACCUGAAACUACAACAACAGAAGAAACAACAACUAUAUCACCUGAAACACCAACUGAAGAAGAAUAUCACUUUCGUAUACCAGAAAGAAUGCAUAUAAAAUUACCAAUACCAGGCUGGAUUGAGACGGAACCUACAAUCGAAACUACAACGAUUACAAUAUACACAACAACCACGAUUGAACUUACCACAACAAAAGAAACAACUAUAACAACAACAUCGCCAGAAACCACAAUAACGGAAACAACAACAAUCACAACGCCAGAAACUACAACAGAAACCACAACAAUAAUUACAACUACGGUUCCUACCACAACUCAAGAAACGACUGUAACAAUAACAACAUCGACAGAAACAACAACCAUCUUAACAACACCAGAAACUACAACGAAAAGUCCAACUCCGCCAACUACUACAACGACAGCAGUUCCUACUACAACAGAAGAAACAACAUUAACUACAACAAUGUUGCCAGAAACUACAAUUACACUAACAACUAUUACUACAACACUUAUACCAGAAACUACAACGGAAAGUACAAUUCUGACCACCAUUACAACUACUGUAGUUCCUACUACAAUUGAAGAAACGACAGAAACAACGACAACUUUGCCAGACACAACUACAACAACGACAAUUACUACAACAUCUGUGCCAGAAACUACAACGGAAAGUCCAAUUCCGCCAACUACUACAACUACUGUAGUCCCUACCACAACUGAAGAAACAACUGUAACAACAACAACAUCGCCAGAAACUACAACUAUACGAAGAACUACUACCACAACACCUGUUCCAGAAACUACAACGGAAACCACAACUUCGCCAACCACUACAACCACCGUAGUUCCUACUACAGCUGAAGAAACAACUGUAACUACGACAACAUCGCCAGAAACAACUACAACAACAACAAUUACCACAACAUCUCUGACAGAAACUACAACGGAAAGUCCAACUCCAUCACCCACCACAACUACUAAAAUUCCUACCACAACUGAAGAAACAACUGAAACCACGACAUCGUUAACAACAAUAAUUACACCGACAACUAUUACUACAACUACACUGAAAACAACUACUACAACACCUGUACCAGAAACUACAACGGAAAGUACAACUCCGCCACCCACUACAACUACUGUCGUUCCUACCACAACUGAAGAAACAAUUACAACAACAUCGCCAGAAACCACAACUACACUAACAACCACUACCACAACACCUGUGCCAGAAACUACAACAAAAAGUCCAACUCCGCCAACCACUACGACUGCAAUUCCUACCACAACUGAAGAAACAACUGCAACUACGACAACGUCGCCAGAAACUACAACUACACCAAGAACUACUACCACAACACCUGUGCCAGAAACUACAACGGAAACCACAACUCCGCCAACCACUACAACUACCAUAGUUCCUACUACAACUGAAGAAACAACUGUAACCACAACAAUAUCGCCAGAAACAACUACAACAACGACAAUUACGACAACAUCUCUGAUAGAAACUACCACGGAAAGUCUAACUGCGCCACCCACUACAACUACUAAAGUUCCUACCACAACUGAAGAAACAACAAUAACCACGACAACGUCGCCAGAAACGACAACAAUUACUACAACUACACCAACAAUUAUUACUACAACACAUAUACCAGAAACUACAACGGAAAGUACAACUCCGCCAACCACUACUACCACUACUAUAGUUCCUACCACAAUUGAAGAAACGACUGUAACUACAACAUUGUCGCCAGAAACCACAACUACACUAACAACUAUUACCACAACUUCUGUACCAGAAACUACAACAAAAACUCCAACUCCGCCAACCACUACAACGACUACAAUUCCUACCACAACUGAAGAAACAACUGGAACUACAACAACGUCGCCAGAAACUACAACUACACCAAGAAUUACUACCACAACACCUGUGCCAGAAACUACAACGGAAAGCACAACUCCGCCAACCACUACAACUACUGUAGUUCCAACCACAACUGAAGAAACAACUGUAACGACAACAACAUCGUCAGAAGCAACUACAACAACGACAAUUACGACAACAUCUCUGACAGAAACUACCACGGAAAGUCCAACUGCACCACCCACUACAACUACUAAAGUUCCUACCACAACUGAAGAAACAACAAUAACCACGACAACGUCGCCAGAAACGACAACAAUUACUACAACUACACCAAUAACUAUUACCACAACACAUAUACCAGAAACUACAACUGAAAGUACAACUCCACCAACCACUACUACUACUAUAAUCCCCACCACAACUGAAGAAACAACUGUAACAACGACAACGUCGCCAGAAACCACAACUACAACAACGACAAUUACGACAACAUCUCUGACAGAAACUACAACAAAAAGUCCAACUCCGCCAACCACUACGACUGCAAUUCCUACCGCAACUGAAGAAACAACUGGAACUACGACAACAUCGCCAGAAACUACAACUACACCAAGAACUACUACCACAACAUCUGUGGCAGAAACUACAACGGAAAGUACAACUCCGCCAACUACUACAACUACUGUAGUUCCAACCACAACUGAAGAAACAACUGUAACGACAACAACAUCGCCAGAAACAACUAUAACAAUGACAAUUACGACAACAUCUCUGAUAGAAACUACCACGGAAAGUCUAACUGCGCCACCCACUACAACUACUAAAGUUCCUACCACAACUGAAGAAACAACAAUAACCACGACAACGUCGCCAGAAACGACAACAAUUACUACAACUACACCAACAACUAUUACUACAACACAUGUACCAGAAACUACAACGGAAAGUACAACUCCGCCAACCACUACUACUAUUGUAAUACUAACCACAAUUGAAGAAACAACUGUAACAACAACAACGUCGCCAGAAACCACAACUACACUAACAACCAUUACCACAACAACUGUGACAGAAACUACAACGGAAAGUCCAACUCCGCCAAUCACUACAACUACUGUAGUCCCUACCACAACUGAAGAAACAACUGCAACUACGACAACGUCGCCAGAAACUACAACUAUACGAAGAACUACUACCACAACACCUGUGCCAGAAACUACAACGGAAACCACAACUCCGCCAACGACUACAGCUACUGUUGUUCCUACCACAAUUGAAGAAAUAACUACAACCACGACAAUAUCGCCAGAAACAACUACAACAACAACUAUUACGACAACACCUAUGCCAGAGACUACAAUGGAAACUCCAACUCUGCCAACUACUACAACGGUAGUUCCUACCACAACAGAAGAAACAACAAUAACCACGACAACGUCGCCAGAAACAACAACUCUUACUAUAACUACACCAACAAUUAUUACUACAACACAUGUACCAGAAACUACAACGGAAAGUACAACUCAGCCAACUACUACUACCACUACUAUAGUUCCUACCACAAUUGAAGAAACGACUGUAACUACAACAAUGUCGCCAGAAACGACAACUACAGUAACAACCAUUACCACAACACCUGUGACAGAAACUACAACAAAAAGUCCAACCCCGCCAACCACUACAACGUCUACAGUUCCUACCACAAUUGAAGAAACAACUGUAACUACGACAACAUCGCCAGAAACUACAACUACAGCAAGAACUACUACCACAACACUUGUACCAGAAACUACAACGGAAAGCACAACUCCACCAACCACUACAACUACUGUUGUUCCUACCACAACUGAAGAAACAACUGUAACGACAACAACAUCGCCAGAAACAACUACAACAACGAUAAUUACGACAACAUCUCUGACAGAAACUACCACGGAGAGUUCAACUCCGUUACCCACUACAACUACUGCCGUUCCUACCACUGAAAAAACAACUGAAACUACAACAGCAUCGCCGAAAAUAACAACUAUGCCAACAAUUACUACAACUACACCAACAACUAUUACCACAAUACUCAUACCAGAAAUUACAACGGAAAGUACAACUCCGCUAACUACUACUUCUACUAUAGUUCCUACCACAAUUGAAGAAACGACUGUAACUACAACAAUGUCACCAGAAAUCACAACUACACUAAGAACCACUACCAUAACACCUGUGACAGAAACUACAACAAAAAGUCCAACUCCGCCAAUCACUACAACGACUGUAGUUCCUACCACUACUGAAGAAACAAUUGUAACUACGACAACAUCGCCAGAAACUACAACGGAAAGCACAAGUCCACCAACCACUACAACUACUGUUGUUCCUACUACAACUGAAAAAACAACUGUAACCACGACAACGUUGCCAGAAACCACAACUACACUAAGAACCACUACUAUAAUACCUGUGACAGAAACAACAAUGGAAAGUCCACUUCCGCCAACUACAAUAACUAUUGUAGCUCCUACCACAACUGUAGAAACAACCAUAGAAACUACGACAACGUCGCCUGAAACAACAACUACACCCACAACUAUUACCAUAACACCUGUGCCAGAAACUACAACGGAAAGCACAACUCCGCCAACCACUACAACUACUGUAGUUCCAACCACAACUGAAAAAACAACUGUACCCACGACAACAUCCCCAGAAACCACAACUACACUAAGAACCACUACCAUAACACCUGUAACAGAAACAACAAUGGAAAGUCCAACUCCGCCGACCACAAUAACUAUUGUAGUUCCUACCACAACUGUAGAAACAACUGUAACUACGACAACGUCGCCAGAAACUACAAUUACACCAAGAAUUACUACCACGACAUCUGUGCCAGAAACUACAACGGAAAGCACAACUCCACCAACCACUACAACUACUGUUGUUCCUACCACAACUGAAAAAACAACUGUACCCACGACAACAUCACCAGAAACCACAACUACACUAAGAACCACUACCAUAACACCUGUGACAGAAACAACAAUGGAAAGUCCAUUUCCGCCAACCACAAUAACUAUUGUAGUUCCUACCACAACUGUAGAAACAACCGUAACUACGACAUCGUCACCUGAAAUAACAACUACACCAACAACUAUUACCAUAACACCUGUGCCAGAAACUACAACGGAAAGUACAACUGCGCCAACCACUACAACCACUGUAAUCCCUACCACAACUGAAGAAACAAUUGUAACGACGAUAACGUCGCCAGAAACGACUACACCAACAAUUAUUACAACAACAUUUGUGCCAGAAACAACAACGGAAAGUCCAACUCUGCCAACCACUACAACUACCGUAGUUCCUACCACAACUGUAGAAACAACUGUAACUACGACAAUGUCGCCAGAAACUACAACAGAAAGCACAAUUUCGCCAACCACUACAACUAUUGUCGUUCCUACCACAACUGAAGAAACAACUGAAACCACAACAACAUCACCGGAAACAACAACAAUACCAACAACUAUUACCACAACAUCUGUGUCAGAAACUACAACAGAAAGUCCAACUCUGGCAACUACUACUAUAAUUCCACCAAUUGAAGAAACGAUUGCAACUACGACAACAUCGCCAGAAACUACAACCAGUGUAAUCCCUACUACAACUGAAGAAACAAUUAUAACGACGACAACGUCUCCAGAAAUAACAACUACACCUACAACUAUUACCACAACACCUACAACACCAGAAACUACAACAGAAAGUCCAACUCUUUUACCGACUACAACUGAGAUUACUCUUACUACAACUGAAAAAACAACUAUAAUUACGACAACGUUGCCAGAAACUACAACAGAAAGUCCAACUUUAUUACCCACUACAAUCGAGCUUAUUCCUACUACAACUGAAGAGACAACUGUAACUAUCACGCCAGAAGUAACAACUAUAUUAACAACUACUAGCACAUCACCUGUGCCAGAAACUACAACGGAAAGUCCAACUCUACUACCUACAACAACUGAGGUUACUCCUACCACAACUGAAGAAACAACUGUAACUACGACAAUGUUGCCAGAAACUACAACGGAAAGUCCAACUCUACCACCUACAACAACUGAGGUUACUCCUACCACAACUGAAGAAACAACUAUAACCACAACAACGUCACCAGAAACCACAACUACACUAACUACUAUUACCACAACGCCUUUUCCAGAAACUACAACGGAAAUCGCAACUGUGCCACCCACUACAACAACAGUGACCGCAACUACGAUUGAAGAAACAACCAUAACCACAACAACAUCGCCAGAAACAACAACUACACCAACAACUAUUACCACAGUAUCUGUGACAGAAACUGCAACGGAAAGCACAACUCCGCCAUCCAUUACAACUACUGAAGUUCCUACUACAACUGAAGAAACGACUGCAACCACAACAACAUUACCAGAAACAACGACUACAUCAGCAAUUCUUACCACAACACCUGUGCCAGAAACUACAACGGUAAGUCCAACUGUGCCUCCCACUACAACUCCUGUUGUUCCUACCACAACUGAAGAAACGACUGCAACUACGACAACAUCGCCAGAAACAACGACUAUACCAACAACUACUACCACAACACCUAUGCCAGAAACUACAACGGAAAGUCCAACAGCGCCAACUACUACAACUGUGGUUACUCCUACUACAAUUGAAGAAACUACUAUUACCACGACACCGAUGCCAGAAAUUACAACGGAAAGUCCAACUGUGCCUCCCACUACUACUCCUGUUGUUCCUACCACUGAAGAAACGACUACAACCACGACAAUAUUGCCAGAAACAACAACUACAUCAACGACUAUUACCACAACAACUGUGCCAGAAAUUACAACAAAAGUAAUUUCACCAUUCACUACUGAAAUAACCACGCCUGUAAUUCCACCAACCACGAUUGAGAUAGUUAUACCUGAAACGUUACCAUUUACUACUACAGUGACGACACCAAUAAUAGAAAUUAUAAACACGACUACAGAAACGCCUUUCGUUACUACGUUAACAACAGAAACCACUGAAAUUACAAUUACCACGACAGUGACUACACCGAUUACCAUUAUAACGACGGAAACAACCCCUAUUAGCCCCACUACAGUAAUCACGCCAACAGUGGAGGUUACAACUACCACUACGGAAACACCUUUCGUUACUACAUUAACAACAACUGAAACAACAACUGAAACAACAACUGAAACUGUUACGACAACAGUGACUACUCCUAUAACUGCUGUAACAACAGAAACGACUGAAAAAACUCCCACUAUUCCCAUUACCACGACUACAGUAAUUACUCCAAUAACAGAAAUUGUAAACACGACUACGGAAACACCUUUCAUUACUACGUUAACUACAGAAACCAUGACUGAGACUACAAUUAUCACGACUACACCAGUUACCACUAUAACGACGGAAACACUCCCUAUUACACCAACUACAACAAUCACACCAACAAUAGAGGUUACAACUACCACUACGGAAACACCGUUUAUUACUACUUUAACAACAGAAACCACAACUGAAACUGUUACGACAACAAUGACUAUUCCUAUAACUACUGUAACAACAGAAAUCACUGAAAUAACGGAAACCACUGAAACAACAGAAACCACUGAAACAACGGAAACCACUGAAACAACGGAAACCACUGAAACAACGGAAACCACUGAAACAACGGAAACCACUGAAACAACGGAAACCACUGAAACAACGGAAAUUCCCACUACACCUACAAUAACAGUGCCAAUAAUAGAAAUUAUAAACACAACGACGGUAACACCUUUCAUUAUUACGUUAACAACUGAGACGUUAAUGACUGAGACUACAAUUAUCACUACGGUGACUUCUCCAGUUACCACUAUAACGACGGAAACAACACCUAUUACGCUCACUACAAUAACCACGCCAACAGUGGAGGUUACAACUACCACUACGGAAACACCUUUCGUUACUACUUUAACAACAGAAACAACUGAAACUGUUACGACAACAGUGACUACUCCUAUAACUACUCUAACAACAGAAAUCACUGAAAUAACUACUGAAACAACGGAAACCACUGAAACAACGGAAACCACUGAAACAACGGAAAUCACUGAAACAACGGAAACCACUGAAACAACGGAAACCACUGAAACAACGGAAAUCACUGAAACAACAGAAACCACUGAAACAACGGAAACCACUGAAACAACGGAAAUUCCUACUACUACACCUACAAUAACUACACCAAUAAUAGAAAUUAUAAACACAACGACAGAAACAUUUUUCAUUAUUACGUUAACAACCGAAACGACGACUGAAACUACAAUUAUCACGGUGACUACUCCGGUUACCACUAUUACGACGGAAACAACUUCUAUUAUCCCCACUACAAUAACCACGCCAACAUUGGAAGUUACAACCAUCACUACAGAAACACCAUUCGUUAUUACAUUAACAACAGAAACCAUAACUGAAACUGUUACAACAACAAUGACAACUCCUAUAACUACUGUAACAACAGAAAUCACUGAAACAACGGAAACCAUUGAAACAACAGAAACCACUGAAACAACGGAAACCACUGAAACAACGGAAACCACUGAAACAACGGAAACCACUGAAACAACGGAAACCACUGAAACAACGGAAACCACUGAAACAACGGAAACCACUGAAACAAUUCCUACUACUACACCAACAAUAACUACACCAAUAAUAGAAAUUAUAAAUACAACGACAGAAACAUUUUUCAUUAUUACGUUAACAACCGAAACGACGACUGAGACUGCAAUUAUCACGGUGACUACUCCGGUUACCACUAUUACGACGGAAACAACUUCUAUUAGCCCCACUACAAUAACCACGCCAACAUUGGAAGUUACAACCAUCACUACAGAAACACCGUUCGUUAUUACAUUAACAACAGAAACCAUAACUGAAACUGUUACGACAACAAUGACAACUCCUAUAACUACUGUAACAACAGAAAUCACUGAAACAACGGAAACCACUGAAACAACGGAAACCACUGAAACAACGGAAACCACUGAAACAACGGAAACCACUGAAACAACGGAAAUUCCUACUACUACACCUACAAUAACUACACCAAUAAUAGAAAUUAUAAACACAACGACGGAAACACUUUUCAUUAUUACGCUAACAACAGAAACGACGACUGAGACUACAAUUAUUACGACGGCGAUUACUCCGACUACCACUAUAACGACGGAAACAAUCCCUAUUACCCCCACUACAAUAACUACGCCAACAAUGGUUAUUACAACUACCACUACGGAAACACCUUUCAUUACUACUUUAACAAAAGAAACCACAAUUGCGACAACAAUUUUCAUAACUAUUACUAUUCCAAUAACCACUAUAACAACGGAAACUAUGGAAACUACAGAAAUCACAGAAACGACAGAAACCACAGAAACGACAGAAACCACAGAAACGACAGAAACCACAGAAACGACAGAAACCACAGAAACGACAGAAAUCACAGAAACGACAGAAAUUACGGAAACAACAGAAAUCACUUUCAUUACCACCAUUAUAAUAACUAUCCCAUUAACCGAAGUAAUAAACACGACGACAGAAACACCUUUUAUCACUACUAUAACAGAAACUACAACUGAGACUAUAAUUUUCACAACUAUUACUAGUCCAAUAACAACCGAAACAACAGAAAUCACUGAAAAAACAGAAACCACUGAAACAAUAGAAACCACUGAGACUACGAAAACUACUGAAACAACAGAAAUUCCUACUACUACACCAAAAAUAAUUACACCAAUAAUAGAAAUUAUAAACACAACGACAGAAACACCUUUUAUUACUACUUUAACAACAGAAACCACAACUGAGACUAAAAUUUUCAUAACUAUUACUGUUCCAAUAACCACUAUAACAACUGAAACAACGGAAACCACUGAAACAACGGAAACCACCGAAACAACGGAAAUCUUCACUACUACACCUACAAUAACUACACCAAUAAUAGAAAUUAUAAACACAACGACAGAAACACCUUUUAUUACUACUUUAACGACAGAAACCAUAACUGAGACUACAAUUUUCAUAACUAUUACUGUUCCAAUAACCACUAUUACAACUGAAACAACAGAAAUCACUGAAACAACAGAAACCACCGAAACAACGGAAAUCUUCACUACUACACCUACAAUAACUACACCAAUAAUAGAAAUUAUAAACACAACGACAGAAACACCUUUUAUUACUACUUUAACAACAGAAACCAUAACUGAGACUAAAAUUUUCAUAACUAUUACUGUUCCAAUAACCACUAUAACAACUGAAACAACGGAAACCACUGAAACAACGGAAACCACCGAAACAACGGAAAUCUUCACUACUACACCUACAAUAACUACACCAAUAAUAGAAAUUAUAAACACAACGACAGAAACACCUUUCAUUACUACUUUAACAACAGAAACCACAACUGAAACAACAGAAACCACUGAAACAACGGAAAUUCCUACUACUAUACCUACAAUAACUACACCAAUAAUAGAAAUUAUAAACACAACGACAGAAACACCUUUUAUUACUACUUUAACAACAGAAACCACAACUGAGACUACAAUUUUCAUAACUAUUACUACUCCAAUAACCACUAUAACAAUUGAAACCACUGAAACAACGGAAACCACUGAAACAAUGGAGAUUCCUACUACUACACCUACUGAAAUCACGGAAAUCAUUGAAACAACAGAAAUUCCUAUUACUUCGCCUACAACAACUACACCAAUAAUAGAAAUUAUAAACACAACGACACCAUUUUUUACUACUUUAACAACAGAAACUACAACUGAGACUACAAUUUUCAUAACUAUUACUACUCCAAUAACCACUAUUACAACUGAAACAAUAGAAACCACUGAAACAACAGAAACCACUGAAACAAUAGAAACCACUGAAACAACAGAAACCACUGAAACAACGGAAAUUCCUACUACUACACCUACAAUAACUACACCAAUAAUAGAAAUUAUAAACACAACGACAGAAACACCUUUUAUUACUAAUUUAACAACAGAAACCACAACUGAGACUACAAUUUUCAUAACUAUUACUACUCCAAUAACCACUAUUACAACUGAAACAACAGAAACCACUGAAACAACAGAAAUAACUGAAACAACAGAAACCACUGAAACAACGGAAAUUCCUACUACUACACCUACAAUAACUACACCAAUAAUAGAAAUUAUAAACACAACGACAGAAACACCUUUUAUUACUAAUUUCACAACAGAAACCACAACUGAGACUACAAUUUUCAUUACUAUUACUACUCCAAUAACCACUAUUACAACUGAAACAACAGAAACCACUGAAACAACAGAAAUAACUGAAACAACAGAAACCACUGAAACAACGGAAAUUCCUACUACUACACCUAAAAUAACUACACCAAUAAUAGAAAUUAUAAACACAACCACAGAAACACCUUUUAUUACUAAUUUAACAACAGAAACCACAACUGAGACUACAAUUUUCACAACUAUUACUACUCCAAUAACGACUAUACCAACAGAAACAACAGAAACCACUGAAACAACAGAAACCACGGAAACAACGGAAAUUCCCACUACUACUCCUACAAUAACUACACCAAUAAUAGAAAUUAUAAACACAACGACAGAAACACCUUUUAUUACUAAUUUAACAACAGAAACCACAACUGAGACUACAAUUUUCACAACUAUUACUACUCCAAUAACGACUAUACCAAUAGAAACAACAGAAACAACUGAAACAACAGAAACCACUAAAACAACAGAAACCACUGAAACAACAGAAACCACUGAAACAACAGAAACCACUGAAACAACGGAAAUUCCCACUACUACACCUGCAAUAACUACACCAAUAAUAGAAAUUAUAAACACAACGACAGAAACACCUUUUAUUACUAAUUUAACAACAGAAACCACAACUGAGACUACAAUUUUCACAACCAUUACUACUCCAAUAACCACUAUAACAACUGAAACAACAGAAACCACGGAAACAACAGAAAUCACUGAAACAACAGAAACCACUGAAACAACAGAAACCACUGAAACAACAGAAACCACGGAAACAACGGAAAUUCCUACUACUACACCGACAAUAACUACACCAAUAAUAGAAAUUAUAAACACAACGACAGAAACACCUUUUAUUACUAAUUUAACAACAGAAACCACAACUGAGACUACACUUUUCACAACUAUUACUACUCCAAUAAUCACUAUAACAACUGAAACAACAGAAACCACGGAAACAACGGAAAUUCCCACUACUACUCCUACAAUAACUACACCCAUAAUAGAAAUUAUAAACACAACGACAGAAACACCUUUUAUUACUAAUUUAACAACAGAAACCACAACUGAGACUACACUUUUCACAACUAUUACUACUCCAAUAACGACUAUACCAACAGAAACAACAGAAACUACUGAAACAACAGAAAUCACUGAAACAACAGAAACCACUGAAACAACAGAAACCACUGAAACAACAGAAACCACGGAAACAACGGAAAUUCCUACUACUACACCGACAAUAACUACACCAAUAAUAGAAAUUAUAAACACAACGACAGAAACACCUUUUAUUACUAAUUUAACAACAGAAACCACAACUGAGACUACACUUUUCACAACUAUUACUACUCCAAUAACGACUAUACCAACAGAAACAACAGAAACUACUGAAACAACAGAAAUCACUGAAACAACAGAAACCACUGAAACAACAGAAACCACUGAAACAACAGAAACCACUGAAACAACGGAAAUUCCUACUACUACACCGACAAUAACUACACCAAUAAUAGAAAUUAUAAACACAACAACAGAAACACCUUUAAUUACUAAUUUAACAACGGAAACGACAACUGAGACUACAAUUUUCACAACUAUUACUACUCCAAUAACGACUAUACCAACAGAAACAACAGAAACUACUGAAACAACAGAAAUCACUGAGACAACAGAAACCACUGAAACAACAGAAACCACGGAAACAACAGAAAUUCCCACUACUACACCUACAAUAACUACACCAAUAAUAGAAAUUAUAAACACAACGACAGAAACACCUUUUAUUACUAAUUUAACAACAGAAACCACAACUGAGACUACAAUUUUCACAACUAUUACUACUCCAAUAACGACUAUACCAACAGAAACCACUGAAACAACAGAAACCACGGAAACAACGGAAAUUCCCACUACUACUCCUACAAUAACUACACCAAUAAUAGAAAUUAUAAACACAACGACAGAAACACCUUUAAUUACUAAUUUAACAACGGAAACGACAACUGAGACUACAAUUUUCACCACUAUUACUACUCCAAUAACGACUAUACCAACAGAAACAACAGAAACUACUGAAACAACAGAAAUCACUGAAACAACAGAAACCACUGAAACAACAGAAACCACGGAAACCACGGAAAUUCCCACUACUACACCUACAAUAAGUACACCAAUAAUAGAAAUUAUAAACACAACGAUAGAAACACCUUUUAUUACUAAUUUAACAACAGAAACCACAACUGAAUCUACAAUUUUCACAACUAUUACUACUCCAAUAACCACUAUUACAACUGAAACAACGGAAAUUCUUGUUAUUACACCUACAAUAACUACACCAAUAAUAGAAAUUAUAAACAUAACGACGGAAACCCCUUUUAUUACUAUUUUAAUAACAGAAACUACAAAUGAGACUACAAUUUUCACAACUAUUCCAAUAACCAUUAUAACUGAAACAACGGAAAUCACGGAAACGAUAGCAACCACGGAAACUGCUCUUAUUACUACCACUAUAAUAACUCCAUUAAUAGAAGUUAUAAACACGACUACCGAAAUACCUUUUAUUACUACAUUAACAACAGAAACUACGACAGUUGUAACUCCUAUAAUAACUGCAAUAAUUGAAAUAACUCCCAUUACGACUACUUUAAUAACUACCCCAAUAAUAGAAAUUAUAAAUAUAACUACAGAAACAGUUUUUCUUACUAUAGAAAUCACAAUUGAAACUACACCAUUUAUUAUUUCUCCAAUUGUAACAACUGAAGCAAUACCAAUUAACGUAACUGAAGUAACGGAAACUACUUUCCACAUUAUCGAAAUUGUAAAUAUAACAACAGAAACGCCAAUUGUCACGACAGAAACGCUUGAGAUUACAACGUAUCCGGUUAUUACAACCGAAACUAUUCCAUUUAUUGUGACAACCGAAACAACUUUUUCUGUCAUCAUGGAAAUUACUACACCUAUUAUUGAAAUUAUAAAUAUAACUACUGAAACUACAGAAACUAUUACUACAGAACCUACAUUCCAUAUUAUUGAAGUUACGAAUAUAACCAUAGAAACUCCAUUUAUCACAACAGAGACAACAGAGACAACAGAGACAACAAUGAAGUAUCCAAUUAUUACGACAGAAAUUACUCCAUUUAUUGUGACAACCGAAACAACUUUUUCUAUCAUCAUAGAAAUUACCACAUCUCCUAUUGAAGUUAUAAAUGUGACUACCGAAACGACAGAAACUAUUACUAUUGAAACUAUAGAGACCACAACUGAAUCUGUAAUUAUAACAACUGAAACAACGGAAACUACAUUUCAUAUUAUUGAAGUUACAAAUAUAACCAUUGAAACUCCAUUUAUCACGACAGAAACAACGGAGACGACAACGAAGUAUCCAGUUGUUACAACAGAAAUUACUCCAUUUAAUGUGACAACUGAAACAACUUUUUCUGUCAUCAUAGAAAUUACCACACCUCCUAUUGAAAUUAUAAAUGUGACUACCGAAACGACAGAAAUUAUUACUACUGAAACUAUAGAGACCACAACUGAAUCUGUAAUUGUAACAACUGAAACAACGGAAACUACAUUCCAUAUUAUUGAAGUUACAAAUAUAACCAUUGAAACUCCAUUGAUCACGAUAGAAACAACGGAAACGACAACGAAGUAUCCAAUUAUUAUUAUUAUUACGACAGAAACUACUCCAUUUAAUGUGACAACCGAAACAACUUUUUCUAUCAUCAUAGAAAUUACCACACCUCCUAUUGAAGUUAUAAAUGUGACUACCGAAACAACAGAAAUUAUUACUACUGAAACUAUAGAGACCACAACUGAAUCUGUAAUUGUAACAACUGAAACAACGGAAACUACAUUCCAUAUUAUUGAAGUUACAAAUAUAACCAUUGAAACUCCAUUGAUCACGAUAGAAACAACGGAAACGACAACGAAGUAUCCAAUUAUUACUAUUAUUACGACAGAAACUACUCCAUUUAAUGUGACAACCGAAACAACUUUUUCUAUCAUCAUAGAAAUUACCACACCUCCUAUUGAAGUCAUAAAUGUGACUACCGAAACAACAGAAAUUAUUACUACUGAAACUAUAGAGACCACAACUGAAUCUGUAAUUGUAACAACUGAAACAACGGAAACUACAUUCCAUAUUAUUGAAGUUACGAAUAUAACCAUAGAAACUCCAUUUAUCACGACAGAAACAACGGAGACGACAACGAAGUAUCCAGUUGUUACAACAGAAAUUACUCCAUUUAAUGUGACAACCGAAACAACUUUUUCUGUCAUCAUAGAAAUUACCACACCUCCUAUUGAAAUUAUAAAUGUGACUACCGAAACGACAGAAAUUAUUACUACUGAAAUUAUAGAGACCACAACUGAAUCUGUAAUUGUAACAACUGAAACAACGGAAACUACAUUCCAUAUUAUUGAAGUUACGAAUAUAACCAUAGAAACUCCAGUUAUUACGACAGAAACAAUAGAGACUACAACAAAAUAUCCAAUUGUUACAAUUGAAACUACUCCAUCUAUUGUAAUAAAUGAAACAACAGAAAUUACAUUACAUAUUAUUGAAGUUACGAAUAUAACCAUAGAAGCUCCAGUUGUUACGACAGAAACAAUAGAGACUACAACAAAACAUCCAAUUGUUACGAUAGAAACUACUCCAUCUAUUGUGACAACUGAAACGAUAAUGCCUUGGGAAAUUACCACUCCCUAUCCUGUAAUAGAAAGAAUUACCACAACUGUCACUCUAGAAACCACAACUGAAAUAACGGAAACAAUGUAUGAGGAAUAUGAAGAAUAUGAAGAAGAAGAAACAGUUGGUCCAGUUUGGGAAGAAUACGUGGAAGAAACAACAGAGACUACAACAAAAUAUCCAGUUGUUACGAUAGAAACUACUUCAUCUAUUGUGACAACUGAAAUAACAAAGACUACAACAAAAUAUCCAGUUGUUACGAUAGAAACUACUUCUUCUAUUGUGACAACUGAAACAACAGAGACUACAACGAAAUAUCCAGUUGUUACAAUAGAAACUACUUCAUCUAUUGUGACAACUGAAACAACAGAGACUACAACGAAAUAUCCUGUUGUUACUACUACUAUAAAAACUACUACUGAAUCUAUAAUCACGACACCGACACCACCAAUCGAGACUACCACGAAAGAAGUUAUUAAAGUAGAAGUAACAAUACCUAAAAUAGAUGUUAACAUAACUACUCCUUUCAUACCGAUUCCUGAAAUCGUUUCUACUUCACCAUUAUUUACAACAUUUACAUAUACUUUAGCACCUACUUUGGAAUUCACUACGGAAUCUUUGCCUUUCGAAUAUGAAGAUAAUAUUACUGAUAUAGUUUUUACUCCUUUUAUACCUCCACCUACUACAAAACCAAUUAUAAUUACUCCUUCAAUUAUAACUCCGACUAUAACGUUAACUACUCCGACUAUAACGUUAACUACUCCGACUAUAACGUUAACUACUCCGACUAUAACAUUAACUACUCCGACUAUAACGUUAACUACUCCGACUGUAACGUUAACUACUCCGACUAUAACGUUACCUACUCCGACUAUAACUACUCCGACUAUAACGUUAAUUACUCCGACUAUAACGUUAACUACUCCGACUAUAACUACUCCGACUAUAACGUUAAUUACUCCGACUAUAACGUUAACUACUCCGACUAUAACGUUAACUACUCCGACUAUAACUACUCCGAUUAUAAUGUUAACUACUCCGACUAUAACGUUAACUACUCCGACUAUAACGUUAACUACUCCGACUAUAACGUUAACUACUCCGACUAUAACAUUAACUACUCCGACUAUAACGUUAACUACUCCGACUGUAACGUUAACUACUCCGACUAUAACGUUACCUACUCCGACUAUAACGUUAACUACUCCGACUAUAACGUUAACUACUCCGACUGUAACGUUAACUACACCAACUAUAAUAUUAACUACUCCGACUGUAAUUACUCCAGAAAAAAUUACUCCCAAAAUCACUCCCGUACCAACCACAAUCGAAUUUACACCUACCACAGAUCAGAGUCAAAAGCAUACCCGCAAUCUUGAAUUGAUGGAACAAUUGGAAAGAAAACUGAAAGAAAUGGAUGAGAAGAUGAAAGAUAUUGAAAGAGAAGAAAUAGAGUUAGAUAAAGAAGAAGAAGAAUGGCAGAACCAUAAAGCGAAAAUAAUAAGUGAUCUAUUGCAAAGACAGAAGAUGAUGAAGGCUUAUGUUGCCACUAAAGCAAUAGAAGCUUUACACGAAAUAACACAAACGACCAUCGGUGAGCAUGCAACAGAUAUUGAUACGACGAGACCCAAAAUGAAAAUGAUAACUCUUUCUCCCUUCUUAACGACCGAUGCAUUUGAGAAAAGGCUUAGAAUGUUAGAGGUAGAAUUUUGGGAAAGAGAAAAAUGGAUAAAGGAACUUGAGAGGAGAUUAUUGGAAAGAGAAAAGAGAUUCAAGAAAGAUCAGGAAGAUUUUGAAAAAUUAGUGAGAGAAAUGGAAGAAACAUUGAAGAAAGGAGAAGAAAUAUCAUGGCCCCCUAAGACUUCUGAACCAACAGAAACAAUACGAGAUUGUUGUUUGCGUACGACGCCACCUUUCUCACCACUUCCACCUACGGAAAGAACGACGAUCGAUAUUCGAGAACCAACUAUUACACCUAAAAAAGACACUACUAUAAGAACUAUUAUUACUGAGGAAGAGAAAGAAAUAGAAAAAGAAACAAUGACCGAAGAAACAGUGACCAAAGAAACAGUGACCGAAGAAACAGUGACCGAAGAAACAAUGGAAAGAUUGACACCGAAAAGAUUUGUAACAACGAAGAAAUGUGUAACCGUUUUAAGAUCAAAAGUUGUGGGUAAAGGCAUGGUGACCGAACGGGUUUGCGUACCAUACGUUCUAAGUAAAGAAGAAGAGGGGAAAACGAAAAUUGCCACGUUGCAUCUUGAGGAACACGAAUGGACGGAAGGUCCAUUUGCAACGAAUUAUAUGACACCGCAGACGGAGACCGAGGAGUACGAUAAUGAAAAUAAAAAAUCGAUCGAGCAGAAUCGAAUUAAGCGAGAUAUCGGCGAGGAAGAUACUAUUUGCCGCAAUUAUCAAUUAUACAAUUUUACCAACCGUUAUAAGAUGACGACGAGACGAAUACGAUACGUUCAAAAUAAAGACAAAGAUGAAAACACGAAAAUUGCUGUAUUGCAUCUCGAGGAACAUGAAUGGACUGAAGGUCUAUUUACAACGAAUUAUAUGACACCACAGACAGAAAUCGAGGAAGUUGAUCGUGAAGAAACGAUGGAGCGCGAACGAUUUACGCCAGAUAUAGACGAGGAAAAAACUGUUUGUCCUGAUCCAUUGUACAAAAUUACCGAUGAUAAGAUGAAGACGAUUCAAACACCAAGCGAAGACGAAGAAGAAAAAACAAAACUUUUUAUGUUGCAUCUUAAGGAGCAUGAAUGGACGGAAGGUCCGUUUACAACGGAUUAUGUAACACCGCAGACGGAGAUCGAGGAGAACGAGAAUGAAAAUAAAAGAUCAAUCGAGCAGAAUCGAUUUAAGCGAAACAUUAACGAGAAAAAUGCUGUUUGCCCUACUUAUCAAAUGUAUAAUGCUACCGGUUAUAAAAUGACAACAAAUCAUUUAUUAAUUGACGAACCAUUUUGUAAAUAUGCAAAUUGUAGUUUUCAGUUGACAAAAAGUUUAACGAUCACUGAAGCAUCGAGAACCAAAUCUACGGGAAAAAUGAAUUGGAAAAUUGAUAAUAACAGGUACAAAGUUCGAUCGAUGUUGCAAAUUAUUGAAAAUGAAGAAGUAGAAAAUGACGAGAUAACAGUGAAACAAAAUGAAUGGAAUGAUGGAAUUUAUGAUGGAAUUUAUGAGAAUCAAGUUGAAAGAAAUCUGAGGCAAGAGGAAGUUACAGAACCAUGGGAAAAUCAAGGUAAUAAUGAAAAUGAAGACGAAGGAAAUGAUGAAUAUAAAGAAGAAGAAGAAGAAGAAGAAGAAGGAGAAGAAGAAUAUAAAGAAGAGGAAGAAGAAGAAGGAGAAGAAGAAGGAGAAGAAGAAGAAGGAGAAGAAGAAUAUAAAGAAGAAGGAGAAGAAGAAUAUAAAGAAGAAGAAGAAGAAGAUAAAGAAGAAGAAGAAGUAGAAGAAGAUAAAGAAGAAGAAGAAGUAGAAGAAGAUAAAGAAGAAGAAGAAGAAGAAUAUAAAGAAGAAGAAGAAGAAUAUAAAGAAGAUUAUGAACCUGAGGAUAAAGAAAUAGAAGAAACUACGGCACCAGAGGAAGAAGUAAUUGAAACACCAAUGAUAUAUACACCAGAGGAAGAAGUAAUUGAAACACCAAUGAUAUAUACACCAGAGGAAGAAAAACCACCCAAGAAAAUUCACGAAGAAGAAGAAGAAACAACUGAAGAAGAAAAAACCAGACAACCACCCGGACCAGAAUGGCCAACAGAACCUUUAACCAAUUACCAUGUGGGUGGCACUAGGACUUGGACGUUAGAGUAUCCAGAAGAGAAGCCACGCAAGCCAGAGGAUGAAGAAGAAGAGGAUUUCAAAAGGGUCGGCAAACGGCCGGAAAGAACAACUUGUUACUAUGUUGUUCUUACUAAAGAUAAGAAAAGACGUGAAAGUUCUGAGAGAGAUUAUGACAAGGAAAAUGAUUUUGAAUCAUUCUUGAAGAAAAAUAUUCCAAAGGCAAAUAAGAAAUAUGCCAGAUAAAUGCAAAUGAAAAAAGAAUAAGUUUCAUUAGGAAAGUAGCUCUAUUGUUAUAGAAAGAUGAAGCAGUUUCCUUUCUUUUAAACUAAUUUUUUUUUUUCGAUAAAAUACACAUAAGAUUUAUCAGAAACAGAAAAAACGUAAAUCAAUGAAAUAACAGUAAAAUUAGGCACAGUAAUGUCAAAAUAUUGUAAAGUUUGUAUAUAUGUAUAUAUAUAUAUGUAUGUAAAAGGGUACAUUAAUAAAUUCGAUUUAGAAAUUUCAUUUUAAACCGACGGUCGUUUCAAUUUGUUGAUUAUACUGUUUGAAAUGUUAUUGCUGCUGUAUAAUCUCAGAGAUUAAUAUCAUGAAAAAUUAAAUGCUGCUUGCGGCUAUUUUAAUUAGAAAUUUAUAAUGAUUUCUGAAUAUUAUUUAUUUUAAUAUCCAUAAACACCAGAUUACUUUUAGGUUUAUUAACAUAUAUUCUUUUUUAACAAUUAUUAUUUGAUAUGGAUAAGAGAAAUUAUGUAUAUUUGUUGCAUUACGAAUACAUUAGGAUUAUAUUACGACGAUAUAAAUAUUUAAUACUUUACGUAUGAUAGUAAUAAUUCAGUUAAUAUAUAAUAAUAAAUAUAAUAAUAAAAUUAAUAAAUAAUAAAAUAUAAUAAUAAUACAAUAGAAGAAUGAUAAAAAUAAUUAUAUUAAUUUUAUAUUCUAUUAUCAUUUUUCAAUGAAAAUAUAAAUUAUCUUUAAUUCAUCCAUUUUCGAAUAACAACUCUAUUUAAUUUUCUAAACUAAAUAAAGCAGAUCAUCCAAUAGUUUAAUUACAAAAUUGAUACUUGAGACAAUAUAGUAAAAUAUAAAUUGUUCCUGAAAGUUAAUUCCUGAUAAUUUGAGUACCGAAAAAUGGAAAUUAGUUUGUAAUUACAAAAUCGUUCGAAUUUUUGAAUAUCAAUGUGAUUAGACAAUAUUUUAAUUAAAAGUGACUUUUUUACACUAAUUUUCUUUUAUUCUAUCAUAUUCUUCUAGAAAUCUUUUUUCAUAUUUCAGAAAACAAUUUUAAAUGAAAGAGGAAAUUUUGGAAAUAUAUACAUAAAUGACUUAUAAAUGUAACAAAUAUUGUAAGAUAUUUAAAAUUAUGUUUCAUAAAAUACUUUAAAAAAGUUAUAAAAAUGCAAAUAUUUUUUAUUUAUUAUAAGUUUUAUUAUUUUAUUUUACUUUAUACUUUACACAUGUCUUAUAUAAUAGAUAAAAUUUAUUAGAAAUUUUCAAAAAACUAUAAUUAUGAUUUUUUUAAAAUUAUUUUACACAGAGAUAUCGUAAUAAAAUAAUUAUGAUAAUACAUAUAAUAUUAAACUGAAUUUAUUGAAUAAUAUUAUCAUAUUUUCAAAAUAAUUUCAACAUCGGAUACUUUAUAAAUAAUAGAAAAUGUGAACAAAAAGUAGAUAUAUGAUUUUAACGAUUUAAACUUUAUGCAUUUAAUACUAGUAGAAACUUGUAUGUGGGUAUUUUAUUGUGUAGAGAAAAAUACUACUUCAUUAACCCUUUACAUUUAAUUCGCAUGAUAAAACGCCAGCAGCUUAAAAUUUUAUAUUCAUAUUAUUUGUAUAGAAGAUAAAGAAUUUUAAUUUUAAUGAAUAAAACGACAUAUAAAUAAUUAGAAAAUAUAAAUUGUCGAAUAUUUUUUUGUUGUUGAUCAUUUUGAGUGAAUUUUUUUAAAAAUUUAUCUGUAGAAAUAAUUUCAAUGAAAAUUAAUAUUUGAAAUUAAUAUUUCAUUAAAACACUACACAAUAUAGUAAUAGAAAAUUAAAAUAAAUUUUUUUAAACAUAUGUGUCUUGUUUCGGUUAUUACGUUUUAGUUAUUUCCAACAACUGAGUAUAUAUUAUGAUUGAAAAAUACACCAGCGUAUCAUAGCAUCUGUUAAACUUUGAUCAAUAUUUUACCGAAGAAUAAUGAAAAACAAGAGAUAAAUACGAAACCAAGGAUGUUGGAAUUUUUUAACUUUUCAGAAAUAUGUUUAUAUAUUAUAUAUUAUAUAUUAUGUAUUUCAUAA